UUCCUUCUUCUUCACUCCAUAGAGAACAGCAUUUUCUCCCCCAAGGAUUCGCCUCCUUAGCCAACAUUCUUGACCCUGAGCAGCGAGUUCUUGAGAGUCAGACGGUUGAUAGAUUCUCGUUUCGCUCGACGUUGAUUUGGAAAUUUUUUCCAAGUCCUCCCCGAGAGGUCUGUUGUUUUUGUGCCGAAGCAGAAGUUUUGUUUUGGGUGGGUUUUGGGCAAGAUCUGGUUUUCUGCAACAUUCCCACCGACUGCAAGAUCAUCCGAUGGCGGCGUCGUCGUCCUUGUUAACGAUGUCAGGAUCAGCGCUCGUGGGUGGUGUAGGUAGUUUACCCGAGAGAAGGGCGCGUUCGAAUUUGAUGUCUACUUCUUCGUGCGUGACUCAAUUGAGUCCCAGGAGGAAUGUCUUGAGACAGUCAUCAAGUCUGCGCGUGAGUCGAGGCUCGAAGGUGCAGAGGAGAUUGGCUGUUGUUUCGCAGCAAGGUUCAGCGGGCGACGAGGAGAAUUCGAAAGUGUUCAAGUCCAUGAAGGAUGCGACGGAGAGGAGGAAGGAAGAGAUGUAUGGAUCUCUAGAUGACGUGGAAAUGGCAAAAAUAAUAUCUGAUGCAGAGCUCUUGAAUUCGAGAUCCGGAAAAAUUAGAAACAAGCCUGUGCAACCACCAAGGUUUGCAACUCUUAGGGCUUUUGGAGAGGCCGGUGGAAAUGGAGUCGUCACAGGGUUUGGCGGCACUUCUGUCUUCGAGCUACUUGCUGCCAGCAUAGAAGCAUCGAAGCAAGUACGCAAUUGGGAAGUGCUUUCAGGAAGGCUAGCUAUGUUAGCACUGUCGAUCGCCAUUGGGGUCGAAUUUUGCACCGGCAAUAGCGUGUUCGAGGGCGUUAAUCUCACCGAGCUUCAGGGAGCAGCAGCCUUGUGUGCGGUGGCAACUGUAUCUGCUGCCAGUUUUGCUUAUGCCUGGCGGGCUAAGGCCGAUGUGGUAUCUAUGAUGUCCAGGAACUACAAGACGAUGAUGGACUCAGCUCUUGAUAAUCUGAUUGAUGGGCUCUUUUUUGACGAAUCCAAGUAAACUUGUGGAUUCUGUAUCACCGUCAGGUCACUUCGUCUGUGCCGGGAUAUGGAUUGUUGCACUGACAUUUGGUUUUGACGUUAAAAAACUACAAUCUUAGUUACGAGUGCCCAGUCUGCUUACCAGGACAUAUACAAAGUGUAGAGCAUCGAGCAGAAGGGUAAUACACGAACCCGAGCAGUGUCCAUAUUUACUCUCGUAGUUAUCCUUGAGCUGUGACCCUAAACAAUGGAGAGAUGUUGGAGAACAUGUCGUGGACAAGAAACGCUCGAGGCCAGAAAACUGCAGAACAGAAACGCGUAGAAGGGAAAGUUCGAAGUACGUUGGGCAGUACCAUUUAUUGCCCAUGGUAAUAGCUUUAUGGGGUAAGCAGCAGUAGAACCGUUUUUGUAAGGAUCAUCCUUGUGAUCAUGUAUAUACAUUGAUUAUGAAUUCAGAGGUUGCACCUCUUCUAGGAUACAUUUGAUUUUGAAUGUACAGCAGUAAGAUCAUACAUACAUAGUGAAGAGAAGUAUACAGAUUAUUCGCGGUCUAAUGGAUAGGGAGAGAAUGGGGCAUAUACACUUAUGUUUUCCUCGCAGUUCAGCUUUUGUACAUGAAGAAAUGUACAAACUGUGUAUAGAAAUUUAUUAUAUCAAACUAUUCAUGUUA